AUGAGGCGGGAAAACCAGAGCAGCGUGCCCAAGUUCCUCCUCCUGGGGAUCCCAAUCCAGCCAGAGCAGCAAGGCAUUCUUUUUGCCCUGUUCCUGGGAAUGUAUCUGACCACAGUGCUGGGAAACCUACUCAUCAUCCUUCUCAUCAGGCUGGACCCUCACCUUCACACCCCCAUGUAUUUCUUCCUAACCCACUUGGCCCUAACGGAUGUAUCCUUUUCAUCGGUCACUGUCCCUAAGAUGCUGGUGAACAUGCAAACUCAGAAUCGAUCCAUUCCCUAUGCAGGGUGUGUAACACAGAUGUAUUUUUUCAUAUUUUUUACGGAUCUGGACAGCUUCCUUAUUACAUCAAUGGCAUAUGACCGCUAUGUUGCCAUAUGUCACCCCCUUCACUACACAACCAUCAUGAGGGAGGAGCUAUGUGCCUUCCUAGUGGCUGUAUCCUGGUUCCUGUCUGGGGCCAGCUCCCUUUCCCACACCCUUCUCCUGACCCAGUUAUCCUUUUGUGCUGACAUCAUCCCUCAUUUCUUCUGUGACCUUGGUGCCCUGCUCAGAUUGUCCUGUUCAGACAUCUUCCUAAAUGAGCUGGUCAUGUUCACUGCAGGAGUGGUGGUCAUUACUCUGCCAUUCAUAUGUAUCCUUGUGUCUUAUGGGUAUAUUGGGGCCACCAUCCUGAGGAUCCCCUCAACCAACGGUAUCUAUAAAGCCUUUUCCACAUGUGGCUCCCAUCUCUCUGUAGUGUCUCUGUAUUAUGGGUCAAUAUUUGGGCAGUACCUCUUCCCAACGUUAGGCAAUUUCAUUGACAAGGACAUCAUUGUGGCUCUCAUGUACACAGUGGUCACACCCAUGUUGAACCCCUUUAUCUACAGCCUUAGGAACAGGGACAUAAAAGAGGCCUUUGAGAAACUCUUCAGUAGAGCAACAUUUUUCUUACCAUGA